AUGGAGAGAGAGCAAGAAGAUAUACAAUUUCUUGGCUUCUUUGGGAUCUUCAAGGAGUCCAUGAAGAUCAUCUUCACAUGGAAGAAAAUCUUCAGCCAAAUCACUCUGGUUCUCAUCCUCCCACUCUCCUUCAUCUUCCUUGCUCAAAUCCAAGCCUCUCUUCUCCUUUUCUUCAACAUCCAGAACAACCAAGAUGCCUUGAACUACACGCAAAAGGUCUCCGUCAUAAUCGCCUUUUGGGUCUUCCAACUUGUCUACCUCAUCUUCCUCAUCAUCCUCUCCCUUUUCUCCACCUCCGCGGUGGUUUACACCGUGGCAUCCAUAUACACAGCAAAGGAUAUCACCUUCAAGAAGGUCAUGACCGUUGUCCCCAGGGUUCGGAAGAGGCUUAUGGCCACUUUCUUAUGGAGCCUCCCCAUUGUUUUGCUCUUCGGCGUCGUUUCUGGAGUGCUAAGCUACAUUAUAUGGUUACCCUACCUUGGAAAUGCCACUUUCUUUCUUCUCGUCAUCUUGACGGGGAUUGAAUACGUAAACAUCGUUUGGGAAAUGGCAAGUGUGGUAUCAGUUCUAGAGGAUUUGCAUGGGAGUGAUGCCGUGAAGAAGAGAAAAGCCCUGAUAAAGGGGAAGAAGGGUGCUGUUGUGGCCGCCUAUUUCACGCUUGCUUCUUUUCUCGUAGGAGUUGAGAAUAUAUAUUUGUAUUUAGUUGUGCUGAAUGUGGGGAGAUGGCGGCACAAUAUGGGAAUUGGAAUUUGCAUCUCAAUCGGAAUUCUUUGCUUCUUCUUGGUAUGCAUGGUGUUUCUCUUUGGCCUCGUUGUUCAAACGGUUUUCUAUUUUGUCUGCAAGUCAUAUCACCACGAAACUAUUGACAUGUCGUCGUUAGCGGAUCAUCUGGAUGUUUAUCUUGGAGAGUAUGUUCCUCUCAUCAAGUCCAAGGAUGUCCAACUAGUUGAAGUUCAUCAUGUCUAG